AUGUCAUCAUCAUCGCGACAGACAAACAUGGAACGAGUCACGAUCUAUUGGUAUCUAGGAGAAAGUGACAAGGAAGUCAGUCUCCGCCAAAAUGCAACUGCUGAGAUAUUUUCUUUCAAGGAAGGUAGAAGGGCAGAGAUUGAUUCCAGAUCAUUUGACCAAGGAAAGAGAAUUUUCGGGACAUAUGUUGAUUCUGCUGGGUCAAAUUCGAUCAAAACGUUGGCUACACGUUGGAACCCAAGUGGACUCAAGGGAUUAAUUUCUCUUGAUAUUCUCAAAGCUCGUAUUGAAAAGAUUCAAAACGAAAAUAGUAUAAGCAAGUUAGAGAAUAAGGCACGCGAUUUACUGUUUAAGUGUGACAUGUUCUUCUCUUCGAGCGAAGAUUAUCACAGAUUUAAAGGACAUAGACGUGAAAGUAUCACUUAUAGGGACAUGGAAAAAAUAGUGCUGGAGUUGGAAGAGGUAAAGGUGGACAUCAAGCGUAAGAGAGGACCUAUUGAAUUCAAGAAACAUGACAUUGAAAAGAAGGAGAAAAAAUAUAACGAGAUUCAUGGAAAUGUCGAACAAGAGCGUAAUGCACCUGCUCCUCAAGUAACACCAAGGGAGAGGCCGAGUACGAAGGGGGGUCGGAGGAAUCAAAGGGGUAAAUAA